AUCUAAUUGACCUAAAAAGACGCCAUAUUUGAAAGGUAAAAUGGCGGUGGCAGGCCAUAGGAAGACCAUGUAUACUUUAUUUAUUUUAAUUCUUUGGGUUCAUAAUUCAGAACAAGCCUGUCAAAUACCAAAAGAAUAUGGUGGUGAUUGGUACUCCAUGGAAACUGGUGUGGAUACCCUUACUCUAGUAGAUGAAUCUAAAUUUGGUAAUUUAGAGUGUAUUGAAAGAUUCACUCAUAAAAAUGAGUACAAUGUUGAUGGUGUUAAUUCAACUAUGUUGAUGAAGGUUAAAGAAGGAGAAGGUAACUCCAAAUGUUUUCACUGUGUUGAUGUUUUGUGGAGAACUAUAAACAUUUUACAAUAUAGAAAGAGUGAUUGUUUUACAAAUAACGGAGGUAUUAAUAUGUGUAGAGGAAAAGACAAACUUCCCGGUGUUGAUCAACUCGCUACUUUAUUCAGACAAACUAUUCAAACAGUGAAUUGUAUUUCAACGUUUGAAGGUGUUUAUCAGUUCACAUAUGAAGUAAAUACAGGAGGUGGUGGUAUCUGUAAUAGUGAAGAGAGUACUCUCGAAGCUUGUCAAGAUCCUGGUUCAGAAUACGUAGAUAACGAAGUAUUUCUCAUGAACUAUGGUAAAUGUCCCGACGUCCAGACAUCCAAGAAACAGAAAAUAAGAUACCAGUGUAUGGGAAGUUGGUUUGCUAUGGUUGGUUCAACUGGUUACACCUAUGCUGCUAUUGCUGAUACAGUAGAAAAGGACCGAAGAGAAAGAUUUAAAUGUUUGUUGACAUUGAAAAAUCAAAAAUCACCUGAUAACAGUAUUCGUUGGGUGAUGUCAAGAUUUGCUGAUUGCAGUAAAUUAAACAGUUUGUACAAUGGUCCAGUCAGAUUGGUUCUACGACUGAUUCCACCAUUGUCUAAAUACACGACACCACAAUGUAACUUGCCACGUAAUAUAUCAGGAUCAUGGUUCACGCAGGGUUUACAGUUCCGUUCAGAUGUAACACUCAAUGAGACUCAUAUCUAUUACUUUACACAGAAGAAUCAGUUUGAAUAUGAAGAGACAUACUUGUCAUGUCAGCAAACCCUCGGAACAAGAUAUCUCAUGACUAAAGUCAUAGUGGGAAAAUGUGAGGUAGAUUUUGUGUGUUAUGACAUUUUACCUAGACAUCAUGGAAUUGUUCGAUACAGAGUCGGGAAACCAUCUCGUUUAACGGGAGAUGAAAUUGCAGAUACAGAUUACCUUGAGAAAAAGUUCCGUGAAGCUUGCAGCUGGGUAUCCUUCAGUUUUAAUCGAGAUGAUACUCACUGGAAAUACGAGGUUCUCAUCUUAAAUCCACCAUCCCCUAUUCCGUGCCCAAUUGCUGGUCGAUAUGGUUUUAAUCAGAAGGUUAGUUUUGAAAAUGAGAAAUAUGAAACGAGAAUUCGUGGUGUGACAGAUAGACCUCGUGUUCAGGUUGAUUGUCGAAUCCAAGUGUCCGAGUUCAAGUCAUGCAGUCAAGAUAAGUCGAAGAUUGAAAUUGAUGCCGAGUACUGUGAAUCUGUAGAUUAUCGUGGACGUCCUGUUGGAGAAUACGAUGACUCUGAUCAUAUUCUAACAUGUGUUGGUUACUGGAUGGAAGACAUGAAAUCUUUUCUAAUAACUUAUGAUGAAGAAGAUGCUAUAUCAGCUUUCAGAUGUUGGGUAUAUGAACGAUCAAGUUGGACUGAUAUAGUGAUGUCCCGAGCUCAAACUGCCAGAUGUCCACGGAAUCAGGAUGCCAAAAGUUUUGAUGUAGUAGGAACCGGUCUGAGAAUGGAACUCUUUGAAAAUGAAAGACUAUUUGACGAUUGUCCACAAAGAUUUGACCCAGGUAUCGACCCAUAUCGUAAACCUAUGGUUAUUUACGUACUGAGUUCUGCAAACUCCCUGUUAAGUUUCACAGCUAUAUUAACUACAAGUUUGCUGACAAUAUUUUUAGUGCUAGAUUCUAUUUGUUAGAAUUUUAAAUAUUUAGCUGUUUAUGAAAUGUUGGGUCAUCCCAACUAAUAUCAACAUGUUUUAAACCCAUGCAGGAUAAUUUUUUACUUGGUAACAUUACCAGAAUUGUAUAUUUGGUAACAUUACCAGAAUUAUUUACUUGGUAACAUUACUUGUAUUGUUUACUUGAAAACCUGUAUUGUCUACUUGAUAACAUUACCUGUAUUGUAUACUUGAUAGCAUUUGUCUACUUGAUAACAUUACCUGUAUUCUCUACUUGAUAACAUUACCUGUAUUCUCUACUUGAUAACAUUACCUGUAUUGUCUACUUGAUAACAUUACCUGUAUUUUUUACUUGAUAACAUUACCUGUAUUGUCUACUUGAUAACAUUACCUGUAUUGUCUACUUGAUAAUAUUACCUGUAUUGUCUACUUGAUAAGAUUUCCGGAAUUGUUUACUUCAUAAUAUUUCUGGAAUUGUUUACUUAUAAUAUUUCCAGAAUUGUUUAUUUUAUAACAUUUCCAGUUUACUUCAGAACUUUAUCUGAAUUGAUAACAUUAUCUGUAUGUGUUUAAAACAUGGUAGAACAAACUAUAAGUUCUUCAAUCAAAUGUCUAGUUUAGAAUUGCAUAAAUUAUGUUUGAUAUUGAGUAUAGAUUUUAUAAAUACCCGAUACCAAGAAAAUCGAAACCAAAAUCAGGUUUCUUUAUCAAGUUAAUAACAUUACAAAAUGAUGUAUAUAUUUACAAAUUAAUAUUAUAAAAGAUAUGUAUAUUUUGUGGAUAUAAACAAAUAAUUGUAUGUUUCUUUUUCUCUCUUACAUAUUCAUUUCCUUACUAUUACAUGCACAAAAUGUAUAUCAUAUUUUAUUUUUAAAAAAUACCUUGGAUUUUGACAGGAUGGGGAAAGGGGAGCUUUUUGUGAACCCUUAUAUGUUUGUCAAUAUUGCUAAUUUUGCAUAUAUACUGUAUAUGUAAGUUCCUCUUCAUCAGCAAAAUCCUAUUUUUCUAGAAAAUUUCUCAAUUUGCCAGGUGUUUCAUUUUUGAAAGGAAUAACACUUAUACAAAGUUGAAAAUCCUGCCUUAUUCCUUAAUUUGUCUACAUUAUUUACGCAUAUCUUGUCAUCAUUAUUUUCAAUAGCAUAAAUUCCCAUAAUAUGAAAAUAUACUAUGUGUAACAUAUACUUGCCUUUAGAUUUAAAAUAAUAUUGUAAAUAUUUUAUACCAUUUGUAAAUAUAUUUCAUUUUAUAGAUUCUAUAAAUUGAGUUUUAUACUUUGAAGUAAGUCAAAUAAAAAUAGAUGAAAAGUUUCAAUGAAAAAUAAAUGCAAUAGAUUAAUUUAAAAUCUUAAAAACCUCUACAAAUGUUGAUUGAGGGAAGAGGAGACUUUUGAUUUAAGAGUUCAACAAAUUCUGAAUCUUGAAAUAUUUUAUUCUGAUAAAUAUGGAAUUGAAAAUAUAUUGAGAAUUGUUUUUCUCCUACAAACAAGACAAGUAACAUUUUUGUUAUUUUAGUAAAAUUUGACCUGAAAUGAUUUGAAAACAGUGAUUUGUGUAAAUUUGGAAUCUGGAAAAUCUAUGAUGCGAUAGAUAUUUAACUGUCUAUCAAAUUUCUUGAUCUGUUAAAAACCAAUAAAUGUUGUAAAUAUUUUGUUAAUUUGUCAUUAAUAACAUUUUAUAUUAAUCAUCUAUUUCAUUAUAUUUUUUAAUAAAUUUUAUUGUAAUAAAUUUUUUUUUUACCAAAA